GGAGCGGCAACAGGAGGAGGAGGCGGCGGAGGAGAGCCUGGAGUCGCGGCUGAAUAAAGCCACAAACCCUUUGAACCGCGACCUAGAGUGGGACUACAUUCAAGCGUUCUGUGAUCAACUCAACAAGGAAUUGGAAGGACCGCAGCUUGCUACAAGAUUUCUUGCACAUAAAAUCCAAUCGCCUCAGGAAUGGGAAGCUGUUCAGGCCUUGACGGUGCUGGAGACGUGCAUGAAAAACUGCGGGAAAAGGUUUCAUAGCGAGGUGGGGAAGUUCAGGUUUCUGAAUGAAUUGAUUAAAGUCGUAUCACCUAAGUACCUGGGAACUCGAGCCCCCGAGAAAGUGAAGACAAAGGUUUUGGAAUUGAUGUUCAGUUGGACGGUGGGACUGCCAGACGAGCUGAAGAUCACAGAGGCUUAUCAGAUGCUUAAAAAACAAGGAAUUCUGAAACAAGAUCCUGUCCUGCCUGACGACCAGCCUCUGCCUCUGCUGCCUCCCCGACCUAAGAACGCUAUCUUUGAAGAUGAUGAAAAAUCCAAGCUGCUGGCACGUCUUCUGAAGAGCAGCCACCCUGAGGACCUGCGAGCUGCAAACAAACUGAUAAAGGAGAUGGUGCAGGAGGAUCAGAAGAGAAUGGAAAAGAUUUCUAAGCGAGUGAAUGCCAUUGAAGAGGUGAAUAGCAACGUCAAACUGCUGAGUGAGAUGCUGGACAACUAUAAGAAGGAAGAGACCUCAGAGAGUAACGAGGAGAUAAUGAAGGAGUUGUACCAGCGAUGUGAGAAGAUGAGACCCACGCUGUUCAGACUGGCCAGUGACACAGAGGAUAAUGACGAGGCUCUGGCUCAAAUCCUUCAAGCGAACGAUAACUUGACACAGGUCAUUAACACGUACAAAACCAUCGUGAAGGGAGAAGAAGUUAAUGGAGUGACCGACUUGCCAAACAUUAAAGGGAGCAGCUCUGCCCUCCUCGAUCUGUCUGGGCUGGACACCAGCACAAGCUCUCCCGCCUACCCAGCUGUCCCCAAAAGCCAGGGCUGGCAACCCCACCUGUCACAGGAUCUAAGCAACUCCGUAUCACUACUGGACGAUGAGCUUAUGUCAUUAGGACUGAAUGACCUGGCUCCCAGCACCGCCCCUUCAGCCCACACCCUUGAGUCAAGCAGCAGCUGGAAUGCCUUUCAGUCCUCUGACGCUGAUGAGCUGAGCGCCCCUUCAGCCGCUACGUCGGACGACACCCAUUCACCGUCUUCCCACUUCCUCAAGCCGGCUGCCUCUCAUCCCGCUCCCUCUGCCAUUGCCGGGAGCAAAGCUCUGGACGAUUUGGAUUUGCUGGGCAAAACCCUGCUUCAGCAGUCACUGCCUCCGGAAUCUCAACAGGUCAAGUGGUCAACUCCACAACAGAAGCAGACCCUUCGAGAUCUGAAGAACAAGUCGAACGCCAGCUCCUCCGCUGCCUUGGGAGAGUCACCGCUAUUCACCGCUCUCCCGACCAGGAGUGUCUCGCCUGUCUUAGCGAGUGGGGCCUGCAGCACAGACUUCACAGCUCCCUUUGAGCAGCCUUUGCCGUUUCCCUACACUCCUCCCGGCCACACAGCCCUGCACAGCACACAGACAAGCCACAGAAGCCCCUCAUUGCCUCCGCUGGAGAUCUCACUCGCUAACGUUGUGGUGCCUCUAGAAUCAAUUAAACCAAGUAGCAUCCUGCCGGUGACUGUGUACGACAGGAAUAGUUUCCGGGUUCUGUUUCACUUCGCCAAGGACUCUCCUCCCGGCCAGCCGCAGGUUCUCGUGGUUGUCACGUCCAUGAUCAGCACAGCUCCACAGCCGGUCAAGAACAUCCGGUUCCAGGCCGCCGUUCCCAAGGUUAUGAAAGUGAAGUUACAGCAUCCCUCCGGCACUGAGCUGCCAGCCUUCAAUCCCGUACUUCCACCUUCUGCUAUCACGCAAGUCUUACUGCUAGCCAACCCACAGAAGGAGAAGGUGCGGUUACGAUACAAGCUGACGUUUACCUUUGGGGAGCAGACCUACAAUGAGAUGGGAGACGUGGAUGACUUCCCGUCCCCGCAGUCCUGGGGGAGUCUCUGAUGUGGCCUGUACAAUACAAUACUGCUGCUCCAAUGUUAAGAGACUACUAGCUGUGUGUAGACCAGGUGAACUCCGCUCGCGUAUACUAAUCCUGAUCCAGUCACUUUCUGAUUUCUGAGGCAGAUCUGCUCACGGCGAGCCGCGCUGGCUGGCCGGUCGGCCGGUUGGUGGGUGCCAGUCGUGAGCGAGACGGGGGGGUGAUUGAUGAGAAAGGUGGUGGUGUAGGAGGCUGGACUCCGCAGCCGAGCCAACCGCGAGCGAGCAAACGGCAGGACCAGCUAUGGCGCAAGUGCACCGUUUGCUUUUGUUCUGGUGGUAGAGUCCUGCGGUCUCGCUGACUGUCUGUCUUGCCUGUCUAUCCGCUGUGUGAUUGAGACCUUCCUCCCCCCACCCACCCUCCUCACACACACACACACACACACACGUCGUUACAUUUUAAUGAGCCCGUUGUUCAAAUUGAAACGGGAGAGAGACGACGUCUCGAAUGCGCUUCUCGAGCACUCAGUGUCUGGGGCAGUUCUGGGAUUUGUAGCCGAUCAUAUUAAUUACACUAAUAAUCCUUGCAUUUUAUACAGUGCUUUAUCAGGUCGUUGAGACGUC